UAUGAAAAUACUCUCAUUAUUAGCCUUGCUUUGUCUUAUAAAUACAAUAAAUGCAACUUGUGAACUUGUUAAUGGUCAAUGCCCAGCUGGUUGUAAUUAAGUUUAAGGAGUAUGUUAUCCUGAGAACUGCUAAGAAUUUACAGAUAAAUUAGGUGACUCUACAACAAACCCAUUUAAAGGUACAACAAGUUAUAUUGAUGGCACUGUUGAUUUGAAUAUAACUAUAACUUAUAUAGAUCCUAAAUUUACUGAUACAACAUUAAAAGGGAUUGCUAAAGGAGAAAAUGAAUAAUCGUGCAUAUCUUUGAAACUGUUUAAAUACCAAAAUAAUUAAAAUCUUGUAAGAGAGGAAUCAUUAUACAAAUUAAAUUACAUAAAUGAUGGUUCAAGCACAAGAGCAUUCUAAUUCACAAUUCCAAGCAAAGAUUUUGUAAAAGAAUUGUAAUUAUCAGAAGAUGAAAAUAAAUUUUAAUUUUAUGGAUAUUACAGUUUAGAUUUCUUAAUUGGAACAUUAUUACAAAGAGUUCUCUAUUUUGAUUUUAUUGCUGGAGUAGAAAGAACAACAACAAAAAAUAUUGAAACUAAUUUUGGAAGUUUGUCUUCAAAAUAGACGCUUAAUUGUAAUGGAGAUUGUAUUACUACAGCUACUAGUUCUCUGUAAUUCUGCUCUGAUUAAGAAUGUACAUAAACAACAGAUAAAAUGGAUUUAUAUUUGAAUGAUCAAGUAUGGUUAAAACAUACAUUAACGAAGUAAGGAACAUCUGGCUUUUAUUUAACUAAUCCUGUAAUCUAUUUUACAGGAGAUAAGUUAUUUAAAAAAGCAACUAUAAAAGAAAAAAAGCUUAAUUAAAAAGGAUAUGCUUUAUAUUUGAUUAAUGUAGAAAUUGCUUGGACUCCUGUAACAAUAGCUGCAAAUGCAACUCUUUCUUCAACAGGAGCAAGAAUUCUUGGAGAAUCCUCUAGAUUAUUAGAUGAAGCUUAAUCAUAAACUAUUGGAGCUACUUCAGAAAUAGAUUGUGUUAAAAAUAAAGAUACAAAAGAAUGCAUUGUAUGCGACUAAACAUAAUCUGUUAAUAAUUCUGAUGAACCAUAAGAAGAUGGAUGCCCAUUAGCAGGAUCUAUUUUGAUGAUUGGAAUUAUGAUUUUCAUGAAUUUAUUAAUAUGAUCAUCCAUUUAUUAAUUUAU